CUCAUAGGAUCUUUGUUUCAUCCUGCUAUUGGUUGAUUUUCAUGACCGGCGUACUGGACACCUGAAGGGAAUGCGGCGUCAUCACUUCUUCAUUUGCAUGGCAAUGUUUGUGUCAGGCACACUUCAAAGCUUCGAUGCCUACUCCGAACUGUCUUCUGUGCCUUUGCUGCACGUGGCCAUGGUAAGCGCAGCUCGAAGGAUCGAAGGAGGCGUAGUCACUGCUCUAUGUUCUCCAACGAAAAUGCUAUAUACCUACGAGGUCGUUGGCUGCAACCAUGCCUGCGUGCCGCGAGCACUGCAUUCGGUGCCAUAAAGACUUCUCAGCCAAUUACCCCUCGGCCUGCAUCGUACCCCACGUGUUUGACUCCCGCUGUGACCCACUUCGUCUUUACAGUGGAGAAUUUCAAUGGAUGUCGGAGUGUUGCGGGGGUUAUGGUACUGUGACGGAGGAAGAACCUGGAAGUGGCGUCUUCCGCAUGAUGGAACUCACCGCCUGUUAUCGUGGUCCGCACACGACGCGCAAGGACGUUGUUCGACUCCAAUACAAUGGUGUGAGCAUCCUUAGAUGCAAACAUAACAGGUCCGGGAGAUGCAUCCGAAACCACUUGACGCAAAGAAGUAGACCUGUUUUUGACAAGGAGGUGGUGUAUUGCGAUGGCGACGAACAAGACCGACACCAUGAUGGAUAGAGGCAGAUUGUGUACCAUUUCGCGGCUGAACGAACUAGAGGAUGAUUAGGACUUCGUUGGGAACCAGCUUUU